UCUCGGCUCGGUCGGACGUAUUUUUGUGGGGCUCUUGUGAAAAUCCACGGGUGGUUAUCUCUGCGACCCCAAACAUAAUUUACUGUACUCCGUUUCAUUCUCGGUGGUGCUCGUUAUCUCGUCAAAACGGUUGCCGUGGAAGAAAAAACAGAAAUCUGCGCCAAAAGGCACAGGCUGUUUACAACUUGAGUGGAAUUCUGCGGAUCUUGUUGUGCUUAACCAUAAAUUGAUGGUUUGCUUAAGUGAAAUGGCAUGGGAAUUUCCCCGCAGUCCCGGGACGUGUGAGGCAAGUGCGUGCUAGUCGUUUAACAGAUCACGCCACCAGAGCAGAAGGUUUGCUCUGGCGCUGCGUACAAAGUGUCGUAAAGAAAAUCCAACACAACCCCUUCGCGGAAACUCCCUCAUUCAGAUGUAGGCAGGGCUACGCACUGCCGAGCGCGGAGGGCACAGAAAGAAAGAAAGCAGAAAGCAAGAGGGCGGCAAGGAAGCCCGAGAGAAACGGGGUCACUCGCACGACGCCUCAUGGAAAGCGGAGCCGCCCGGAAAGUGUGCUACGGAAAAGUGAGUGAAAAAUAGAACACCCCCCGAUCAUCGCCGUAAGCCUCGCAGUGGAUGCUGGUGGUUCGCAAGGCGCCAGCAGGAAGCAGAAACGAAUGCCAAACUGUUGCAUUGAGCAGGUGGCGGAGUAGCGAGCAGGGAAGGGCAUAAGUGAAGUAACCUAGUAGUAAGCAUAGAAGUCCCUAGAGUGCACGGAAGUAGUCUCAGAGAGUCAGAGUAACAGAAAGUGAAGAUCGUCUAAGGAAGCGGAAGUGGUGCUGGUCGCGCUUGAAUGUGUGAUCCUAGUGGUGUUCGUGCACGUUACGAAUGAGAUCAAGAUCGCGUUCGCCGUAGAGGAUUGAACCGGUGGGCUGUUCUGCAUGGAGAAAGCUGGCCUGCUAACCGUUUCCUCAAGCCAGCUCGCGAGUAGCAGCAGUGGUUACGGUGCUAGAGCCGCCCGGGAAAGGAUGUCGCGCCGCAAAAAUCUGGCCGGCCUGUGUGCCGUCACCGUCGGUUGCAUCCUGCUGCUGUACGCAAGCCAACGGUACAGCUCGAACAAUUACGCGGCCGAAUACUUUCGCCCGAGGGAACGCACCGGCACCAACUUGCGCAUUCUCAACUCGCACAAGUACUACGGUGGACGUUCGUAUGGUGGUGGUGCGGCCGGUGGAACGUCGGACGAUACCUAUCCACCAAUUCCGACGACCCACAAUGCCACCGUCAGUAUCGAGGACGUGCUAAGCUAUCAGCGGAUGUUGCUAGCAAGUGAAACGGCUUCCUACGAGUAUACGGCCAACUUCGAAGACGACAUCAAGUUGACCGACCUGAUACCGGAAACGGGUGGCAAUCCGCGUCGCAGCCUCAUCAUCACAACCUGGCGGUCAGGUUCAACGUUUCUGGGUGACAUCCUGAAUGCACUGCCCGGGAAUUAUUACCACUACGAACCACUGCUUGACUUCGACAUCAUCCAGAUCCGGGGACCACCGAAUGACAGCGUCGCGAUCCACAAUCUCCGCCAUCUGCUGCGGUGCGAUUACACCGAAAUGGAGAACUAUCUCGAUUACGGACGCACCCACAACUAUCUCUUCAGCCACAAUGUGCGCCUAUGGCAGCAGUGCGUUCGGUAUCCGCAGUUCUGUUACGAGCCCCGCUUUCUCGGUCCAUUCUGUCGGUUGUUUCCGCUGCAGAGCAUGAAGGUGGUUCGGUUGCGCGCCUCCCUUCUGACGCCACUGCUCGAGGACGAAAGCCUGAACGUGCGCGUGGUGUUGCUGAUACGGGACCCACGGGGGUCACUGCAGUCGCGCAAGCAUCGUGUCUGGUGUCCGGGCCGGCCGGAUUGUGACGAUCCGAGCACCGUGUGUAGCGACAUGCAGUUGGACUACGAGGCGGCCGUGGAGCUGAGCGAACGCUUCCCGAAGCGGUUUCGGGUGGUACGAUACGAGGAUCUGUCGCUGGAUCCGUACCGAAUGACCAAAGAGAUUCUGCACUUCUACGGGCUUCCAUACCAUCCGGCGGUACGAACGUUUCUCGAUACCCACACCAAGCAGGACGUUGGCGGUGUGAGCUCGACCUACCGCGAUUCAAAAUCGGCUCCGUUUCACUGGACAAAGGAUCUCACCUUCGAAGAGGUGAAAAUCAUCCAAGAUAGCUGUGUGGCGGCGAUGAAAAGCUGGGGCUACCGGAACGCAACCAGCGAGUGGGAGCUGUACAACAACUUUAACCCGCUUUUAUCAUACAGUGUUUCGUGAGGGCGAACGUUAAUGACGGUGAUGCCGGUAGCGGCAACGGCGACAGCACAUGAAUUAGAUGAUCGCAAGAUGUGCACGCGGAUGCCUUCUCGAAGAAAUAAGACCACAGACUGUGGUGGUGCUGGUAGAGCGUGUUUCGUUCUACCCAAUCCCCACUACUACACGCAUUCAAUAGACGCGCACUCGCUAGUGAUAGUCUCUCGAGGCAAGCAUUU